AUGCCAACGGUCGUUGAUGAUGAAGAAGACUUUUGGCGACAGCCUCUUGGAUCAUGGAUAAAUGGCUUCAUUGUUACAAGCGACUUUAGGGAUUGCGUUAGUGGAUGUGACCCUUUGAUUCCCGAAUCAACAUGGCGCGCCGUAGAUCGACAAGGAAGCAAAUUACGAUUUAUAGAUAUUUGUGACGGAUAUGUUUUCAACUUACUUUUUGUCUUCGUAGUUCAUCUAAAGCUCGAUUUUUAUGUUCUUUGUGACUGCCAGUGUGAAAGGCAAUAUAUCCAGCGUGUUCGAGAGUUGACUCGAGCUCUGGGUGUACUUUGGAAAUUUGCUUGA